AUGCUUCGAGCAGGUAUACACCCUGAUGCUUGGAGCUAUAACAUUUUGAUUAAUUGUUUGUUCAAGCUUGGGAAACCAGAUGAGGCAAAUCGUAUUUUUAUGGAGAUGGUGCUUAGUGAGCUGCAUCCUUGUUCGGCUACAUAUAACAUCAUGAUUAAUGGGCUGUGUAAGAAUGGAUAUGUUAACAAUGCUAUUAUGUUGUUCAGGAACUUGCAACGGCACAGAUUCAUUCCUGAGGUGUUGACAUACAACACACUUAUUAAUGGACUAAGCAAGGCUCGACGAACGGGGACAGCUAGGAGGAUUCUUAGGGAGUUUAAGGAAGCAGGUUAUGAACCUAACUGUAUUACCUACACAACGGUUAUGAAGUGUUGCUUCCAAAGUAGGCAGUUUGACGAAGCAUUAGAGAUCUUGCAUGAGAUGAGGAGUAAAGGGUACACUUUCGAUGGCUAUGCAUACUGCACAGUGAUUGCUGCGCUGAUAAAGAUCGGGCGGAUUGAAGAAGCAGAUGAAAUCGUCAGGCUGAUGCAGCAUAGUGGAAGAUUAGAUGAUGCCAUGAAGUUACUUGGCGAGAUAGAGAAAGAAGGUCUGGAAUGCGAUCAAUAUACACACACGAUUAUAAUUAAUAGAUUGUGCAAGGCAGGUCAUAUUGAUCAUGCAAUGAAAUGGUUCGAAUCAAUGGAAGUUAAAGACUCUUUCACGUAUACCAUCAUAGUGCGCAAUCUUUGUAGGGCUAGAAGGUUCCUUUGUGCCUCCAAGAUCAUGGUUUUGUGUCUAAAUUCUGGGUUUCGGAUCUUAAGGGCUACUCAGAGAGCUGUUAUUGAUGGUCUUUGUAGUAUAGGAUAUACAAAUGAAGUCAGGAAACUCAAGCUUAAACUACGAGUGAUUUGA